AUGGAGGUGCGGCGGCGAACGACCACGGCAUCAGCAAAUGGCACACUGACACAACCGUACUACGAGCUACUAGACGAUAAAGCGCGGCGCACAUCUGAGGCAAUUGGAUUCAAGCACUGGAUUUUCGUAAUCGCAGUGGUUGGCGUCAUUUAUGGAGGCGUUGUCUAUCUUCACAGACGGAUGCCGCCGGUAGUUACAGGCGACCACCUGACUGAGUUUAGUGAGGAACGAGCUCGUGACCUGCUCAAGGAGCUCACUGCUUUGGGCCCGCGGCCAAGUGGAUCCGAUGCACUAGAGCACAAAGCAUUUGACAUAAUGCAAAGAAGUCUUAGCAUUAUUGAACGGCAAGUCGCAUCUAAAGGUGUGAAUCGAUUCGAGAUGGAUGUUCAGCGUCCAUCAGGCUGUUUCGAUCUCAAAUUUCUGUCGAGCUUCACUCUUUGUUACUACAAAAUCACCAAUAUUGUGGUGCGUAUUGGUCCAGCGAGUGGCCCAACGAAUCAGGCUUUAAUGCUCAAUUGUCACUAUGAUACUAUGCCGGAUACACCUGGUGCCACUGACGAUGCAGUCUCCUGUACUAUAAUGAUGGACGUUCUGAACGUUCUCUCGACAUCUGAAGAGCCACUUCAAAACGACGUCGUUUUCCUUUUCAAUGGCGCCGAGGAGAAUUUUCUACAAGGCGCUCAUGGGUUCAUCGAGAAUCAUCCAUGGCGUCACACUAUUCGUGCAUUCAUCAAUCUUGAGGGUACCGGAUCAGGUGGACGGGAAAUCCUGUUUCAGGCGGGUCCAGGAAACUCAUGGCUGCUACAAACUUACCUCGAGACUGCUCCGCACCCAUUUUGCAGUGUUUUAGCGCAGGAGAUUUUCCAAUCUGGAAUAAUCCCAUCGGAUACCGAUUUCCGUAUUUUCCGUGAUCAUGGACGUAUAUCAGGACUGGAUAUUGCUUACACAAAGAACGGCUGGGUCUAUCAUACCGAAUUCGAUGAAGAGUGGAGAAUUGAAGCUGGUGCAAUUCAGAGGGCUGGUGAAAAUGUCCUGGCUGUUGUGCGAGCCAUACUGAAGAGUCCCUACCUGGUCCAGGCAGCAUCAUUUGACGAGGCAAAUAAAUGGGUGUUUUACGACGUAGUCGGCCUUUUCACAGUUUACUAUACAGUUACCGUAGGCCAGAUUCUUAAUUAUGGUGCUUGUGUUCUGGUUGCUGCGUUGGUUGUAUUCCGGAUUCAAAGAGGAGCUUACACACUUAGCGAUCUCGGUCUAGCUUUCUGGCAUCAUAUUUGUGCGUUUCUUGCCAUGGUCUCUGUUAUGGUAGUGGUGGUGGUGCUUGUGCUCAAGUUCGACCUUAUUAUGUGCUGGUACAAACUUCCUGAGAUAGUUGCUCCACUGUACGUACUACCUAUGCUGAUUGCUGGAUGCACUGUACAUACCUACUUCGCCGAUAAGACCAAGGUUCUCAACAGUGAAAUGGUACAGUAUGACAGCAUAGUGAUCAGCUACGCUGCAGUUCUUUUUGCACUGACUUCGUACAACGUUGCAUCCGCGUUCUUCGUUUUCAAUUACGUGAUGUUCCCACUUCUCAAGGAUCCACUGAUUUUUGUGCUGGGCUCUAUUGGAGUAAUCAAACGCGUAACACCAAGAGUGCUGCUCUACACUCAGCUCGUCUGUUUCACUCCAGUUUUUGUCUUUGCCACAUACGCAAUUAGUCAGUGCGUUGAUUUUUUCGUGCCAGUAAUGGGACGACUGGGGAACGCGGUGAAUCCGGAGUUCAUUAUGGCGCCGAUUGGAUUGGCUAUUGCAUCUAGCUUUGUGUUGUUUGUGAGGUGCAGAAGAUUUGCCAGUUCAUUCGUUCCUCCAAGGAAGCAUUCACUUUGGGUUCCUGUGCCGUCGCCAGCUCCAGUGCCGUAUCCGAUUAAGCUAUCGCUCAUUGAUCGCGUUCGUGUUGGCGGGAAUAGAUUAAACCUCACUUUCGAGCUUCGCGGUGGUUUUGAUAAAAUGUCACUUCAUGUGACACCACUGGCUGGCUACGAAUUGGUGAAGUGGUCGUUCACGAACAUUGAUAUCGAGGAAUUCGGUCGCCGCACUACAUACUUCGUUUUCAUGACUUACGGUUUCGAAAUGCCGGAAUACCGACGCUUCUGGGUCCUCCUCGAAAAUCCUGCCGCAACACCUUCUAAUCCAAAGCACACUAAUAAUAUUGAAAUAGCUGUCGCCUCUCAUCAUGCUCAUGGUGAGCAUCAGCACUCGGAGACAUUACGCCAACUUCGUCAUUUGAUUCAAGGACGUCGUCAGACUCCGGAUAUGGCUGUCGGGUGGUGGAAAUGGGGUAUUACCAUGAUCGGUGGAGUAGCUGAGUUGGUUGUGUAUGUCUUCUAG